UUUUUUAUUUUAUCAUACACUUUCUGUUUACUCCUUCCCAAUUCCUAUUAUUACACUCAAAACCCCCAAAUCAAACCAACAUUUCCUUUUCUACUCUCACUCUCUCCCACUUCACUCUUCUACUGCUUUAUUUCCAGAUCUCUGCAAAACCUAGGAUUUGCCACUUUUCCUGUUCACAUUAUUGUAAUAGAUAGAAAAUGGCGAAGAUUAGAUUGCUUGUGUGGUUAUGGAUGUUGUUGAGAUUUAUUGUUAUAAUUGAGAGUAAUGAUAUGGUUUUUUCAUCGAGAUUAAUGCACCGAUUUUCCGACGAGUUGCGUGGCAUUUCUGGUGAGAAAUUCUUGCCGAAGAUGAAGAGUAAAGAGUAUUAUCAGAUGUUAUUGAUUAGUGAUUUUGAAAGACAGAAGAUGAAAAUCGGUCAUCAACGACAGUUACUUUUUCCUUCUCGCGGUAGCCAAACUCAGUCUUUUGGCAAUGACCUCGGUUGGUUACACUAUACAUGGAUAGAUAUUGGAACACCAAAUGUGUCCUUUUUGGUUGCUUUGGAUGUGGGGAGUGAUUUACUCUGGGUUCCUUGUAAUUGUGUCCAAUGUGCUCCUCUCUCAGCCACUUAUUAUAGCUUUUUGGAUAAGAAUCUCAAUGAGUAUGAUCCAGCUGGCUCAAACACGAGCAAACUUCUGACUUGCAGCCAUCGGCUAUGCACACAACAAGAAAACUGUAAAAGUUCUGCUCAAUCGUGUACAUACAGCGUGCAAUAUUAUUCUCCGGAUACUUCAAGUUCAGGUCAACUUGUUGAAGAUGUAUUGCAUCUUACGUCAAGCAGUAAUAACUCACCCAAUGUAAAAACUUCAAUCAUUUUUGGGUGUGGUAAGAAGCAAAGUGGUGUUUAUUUGGAUGGAGGGGUUGCUCCAGAUGGUCUUAUGGGUUUAGGCCUUGGCGAUAUUUCUGUUCCAAGUCUUCUAGCUAAAUCUGGAUUGAUCAGAAAUUCCUUUUCUUUGUGCUUUAAUGAAAAUGGUUCGGGGAGAAUAUUUUUUGGCGAUCAAGGAUUUACUACCUAUCAUUGGACUUCAUUUCUUCCAUUAGAAGGAAAAUAUUCAACAUAUGUUGUUGGGGUGGAUGCUAUCUGUAUUGGAAAAAAUGCUUGUCUCAAACAACCAAGUUUCCAUGCUGUUGUUGAUAGUGGCACAUCUUUUACCUUUAUGCCAGAUGAUGUGUAUAAAAUAUUUACCCAGGAGUUUGACAGAGAAGUUAAAGCUGCUAGAGUGAGUUACGAUGGAUAUCCAUGGAAGUAUUGCUAUGAGUCAAGUGGAGAUGAUUCACUGAAUUUUCCAUCAGUGGAGUUGAUGAUGCCAUCAAAUCAGAGUUAUGUGGUGCAAUAUCCACUUUUUCCUGUAACUGGGGAUCAGGGAAGUAUUGUGGGAUAUUGUUUAGCAGUAGAGUCUGCAGAAGGAGAUAUUGCUUUAAUUGGCCAGAACUUCAUGAUAGGAUAUCGCUUGGUGUUUGAUAGGGAGAAUAUGAAGUUUGGCUGGUCUCGUUCAGAUUGUCAAGAUCUCAGCAAACCAAAGAGAACACCGUCAGCAGGGGACAAGCCGUCAAAUGCAUUGCCUACUAAUGAACAACAAAGCAUCCCUGGUGCACAGGCAGUGUCACCUGCUAUUGCCGGAAGGACUCCUCUCAGAACCUCUGAAGCAUCAUGUAAGCAUGUACAACUAUCAUUUUGGACAUUGUUUCCUAUGCUGUUUGCCGCUUUCGCUACCUUUCAUUUGCGAUGGUGAACCAGUAAUUGUUCAAGACUCGACGUAAAUACAGACAUUGCAUUUAUAUCAAUCCAUCCAUCAAUCCAUCCAGUGCCUUAAUUUUUUCCUUGAAAGUCAUUGGAUACGUAGCAUACCCGUAGUCCCCUCACUCUGUUCCUGCUUAGGUCCUAUGUAAUUCUUGUUUCUAGCCUUGUAUAUAUAGUUAAAAUUCUUCUAGA